AAAUAACUUCGGACCGCCGCUCGGAAAAGAACAUCCGUCGUCCUUGAUAAAGUCGGCUUACAAGCAGGUGCUUUCAUUUUAUCGCAACUCUGGACCAGGCUCAAGUGGCCUCUAUUCACCAUGCCGAUCAACCAACCCUCCAACCAGAUUAAAUUCACUAAUGUGUCGAUAGUCCGACUGAAGAAAGGCAAAAAGCGCUUCGAACUCGCCUGCUACAAAAACAAGUUGCUCGAAUACCGAUCCGGCGCUGAAAAAGAUCUCGACAACGUUCUCCAAGUCCCCACCGUCUUCCUCUCCGUAUCAAAAGCGCAAACCGCCCCCUCCGCAGAACUCACAAAAGCUUUUGGUGCAGACACCCCUCGAGAUGAAAUCCUGCAGGAAAUCCUACGCAAGGGCGAGGUGCAAGUCGGCGAGCGCGAACGCAAAGAUGCUCUCGAACGAGUAGAGAAGGAGGUGUUGGAUAUUGUGUCCGGACGACUCGUCGACCCGAAUACCAAACGUGUCUACACAUCGGGUAUGAUAUCCAAAGCACUAGACCAGUUAUUGUCGGCUAGUGGUCAACAACAAAGUGGCGAGGCAAAUGGGGCUGGAGAGGAACUCUCCAAAAAGCCCCUGUGGACCGGAGUUUCUUCCAAUCGAUCCGCGAAGAGUCAGGCGCUCGACGCUAUGAAGGCUCUUAUCGCGUGGCAACCUAUUCCCGUGAUGCGCGCGCGGAUGCGUCUUCGGGUUACGUGCCCGGUGUCACUGCUGAAGCAGUCCGUCAAGGCCGCCGCGAGUGCUGCACCCGCCAAGGAAGAAAAAGCGCCGGCUAAAGGCAACAAGAAGGGUGGCAAGGGAAACAAGAAGUCAAAGCGAGAUGAUUCUGACGACGAGGCUGGUGGAGAUGACUCCGAGGCGGCACCCAAGGCCGCUGGCACCGUCAAGGAUAAAAUUCUCAACUAUAUCGAGGCGGUUGAAUCGCAGGAAGUGAGCGGCGAUGAGUGGGAAGUGGUGGGUUUUGCUGAGCCGGGAGCAUUCAAGGGACUGAAUGAUGUCAUUGGCAAUGAGACUCGUGGGCGAGGACGAGUGGAGGUGCUAGACAUGUCGGUGACCCACGAGGAUUGAAGAGGUGAAGAACGGAAAAAUUGAUCUACGAAUGAUCUUGCUCAAAUCUUGGAUACUUUACACUUCCAAGGACGAUGUACAUGACCCCCCUUGCAAAUUACUUAUGAUAGAGUUAGAUGAAAGAAGCAAAAGAAGAAAAAGAAAAUGUGUC